AAUGAAUAAUUAAUUAAUUCAAGUUGGCAACAUUUUCUUGUUAAAGAUAUAUACCAUUAUUUUACAUGGUCUUAAACUCCUUUAUUUGUUGGCUGGUCAAUCAUCUUGAAAAACACAAACAGGCAGAAACAAAAAUUAAUGACAUCUUAAUUGCAUUGUUUAGCUAUUUCAUCCAUGGAAAAUCAUGCGUCAAAGUGGCACAACGUUGAAUCUGUUCCAGAAACCCAUAUUUUCCCAGUGGAAGAUAGAGCUGGCAACGAACCAAUCCCUCUGUGUCACACAAUCCCAAUCAUUGACCUUGCUAAUUCACACGCACUUCACCAAAUCAUGCAAGCCAGCAAACAAUAUGGUUUCUUCCAGGUGAGGAAUCACGGAGUGGGCGAGGAUGUGAUAGGCAAUGCAGUAGAGGUGUUGGAGGAGCUAUUUGGGCGGGAAAGUGAGGAAAUCUCAAAGGAGGCUAAAGCAAACGGAUGGGUGUAUAUGGGAAGCAGCAGUUUGGCCAUAAAAGGUGCUCAUUUGUGGAGGGACAAUAUCAAGCAUCCAUGCCACCCUUUGGAGGACUCCAUGCAACAUUGGCCCCACAACCCCACUCGAUACAGACAAGUUGUGGCAAGGUACAUAGAGGGAAUAAGGGGGUUGAGUUUGAGAAUUUUGAAGUUGAUUUGUCAAGGAUUAGGGCUUGAGAAGGGAUAUCUUGGAGAGAUGAGCCAAGUGCAGUUCCUCACAGCAAGCAACUACCCGGCCUGCCCCGACCCGGCUUUGACACUUGGGCUUCUCCCACAUUUUGAUCACAGCCUCAUCACAAUAUUAUCUCAAGGAAAUGCUCAAGGCCUUCAAGUCAUGGUGAAUGGAAAGUGGAUGGGAGUUGAGGUUGUACCUAAUGCCUUUGUAGUCAACAUUGGCACCCAAAUUCAGAUUGUAAGUAACGGGAAGCUAAGAAGUGUGGAGCAUAGGGUGGUGGCGAAUCCGAAGCAAGGAAGAACAACCAUUGCCACAUUCAUCAAUCCAAGGCCAGACUGCAUAAUUGAACCUGCAAAAUUAUUUGUGAAUGAAGCCACUCCUCCUCUCUAUCCAUCACUCUCAUUUAAGGAAUUUGUUAAUGUUUCUAAACCUUUUGGCCCUUUCACUGAUGCACUUACCCUCCAAAAUUAAUUUCUAAGUUUGACAUGUUAUAUAUAUCAUUCAUAGUUGGUGCUGAAAUGGUCUUGUUUGUUAGCAAGAAUAAUUCUUUUAUGUAUAUGUGUUUUCUAUUAUGUUAUAGUGAGACUUCUUCCCAAACA